CCAAAACACAACAUGCCCCUCUCCCUCACGGACCUCCCCUACACAAUCUUCACCGCAAUCAUCGCCCACCUCUCCCCCACGCAAACCAUCCUCUGCCGCCGCCUCUCCCGCGCGUUCCUCGCCGCCCUCACCCGCAACGACCUCUGCAUCAGCCUCAUCCUGGCGCACUUCCCGCGCUCCCUCGAGGGCCGGCGUCUCCGGAAAUUUCUCAAGUCGAACAACCUCGCCGCGCUCGAGAGCGGCGACUGGGCCGCCGUCUUUGCGACGCUCGCCCGGCGGUACUACCACCUGGGAAACGCCUUGCCGUGGAAGGUUGAGAGAGUGACUGUGCUGAAGGAUGAGGACGUGCUGAGGGGGGUGGCGCCGUGGGAACGGCAUUUGAGCCUGAAUGGCAAGACGGCGCCGUUUCACUUUUGGGAUCCGGUUUGGACGGUUGCGCCUGGGGAGGGAUUGCUGGUGUAUCCGGCGGCGGCGGCAGAUGUACUAGACGCGGAUGAUGCCAAAGUCCCCAGGUACCGGGCGCGGGACUUGCAGACGGAGAGGGAGGUUGAUGUGCCGUUUGAUCUGCGAGGCAAGAUUGUGCGGCGGGUGCGCAUCAGCCAUGGGGUUCUCGUCUUUGAGUGGUGCGAGCAAGAGCCCAUUGCACCCGACGAGGCGGUAUCGACGCAUCGACAUUAUGCGAGUGUUUACUCUGUUCGCAGGACGGGAUCUUGGGACGGCGUCAUUCCUCGGCGGGAGGACGGGGGCGAGGUUGGCGAUGCUUCGUCUAGGACAUCGGAGGAGUCUACGUGGGAGUUUGAGUUGCGCUGCGAGUUCAGGAUCCAUCCCUUGGGCUUUUAUCUGGACCAUCAGGAGCGCUUCUUUUCGACGCACAACGCUACGCACUACGUUGUGUAUACGUGGCAGCCGUGGCCCAAUGCCGAACCCAUCGAGAGCCUCACCAUCUGGGAACUCGGCCCUCCCAGCAGCAGCACACCCCAACCAUCCCAGCAGCCAUCAGAAAGCGCAACACCACCACCAGAGCAUCAUCAUCCAAACACCAACAACCCUUCAAGCCCACGCAUCAUCCGCAAAAUGCACGGCCGCGACCUCCGCGACCUUUCCCUCCGCCAGAGCCACCGCCCCGCCCUCCGCGCCAUGGCCCUCGACGACUGCACCUGGGACGCCGCCCGGUCCUGCGCCUGCGGGCACGUCUUCUUCACCGAGGAGGAGCACCGCUGGUCCGCGGGCCCGCACAGCAGUGCACACCCGCCGCGCCUGCACCGCGUCAAGACGACGGGGAUCCCGCUCGUCGGCCAAGGGCCGCGGUGGGUGGACGAUUGCGGAGGGGGAGGGGGCGUGAAUCUGCGGUUUUGCUGGAGGGGGAGGUGGAGGAGGGACAUGACGGAGGCGGAGGAGGAGGACGGGGUUACGUUCUACGACGACGACGACGACGACAACGACGAGGGUGGUUCAGCGGGAAAUGAUGAUGGGGGAAUCGCCUGGUCCCCGGAGCGCGCGUGGAGCCAUUCGCAGACCUGGCCCGGCCGCGCACCCUGCUGGCGCCACGACGACUUCCCCUACGUCACCCUCUCCGAGGUCUUUGACGCGGCGGCCGGCGUGCGGGUCAUUGCGCGGGACUGCUUCAUGCUGGAGACGCUGUCCGUGCACAUCCGGCCCAAGAUUCGCGUCCAGGGGGUCGGGUCCAACGGGGCGAAGCUCGUGUCCGGACGAAGAGGCACGACGGAUACGAACAAGACGACGACGGCGGCAUCAACAAGCACUACAGCUAGUACUACAGCAAAGGAUCACGCUUCUUCGUCUUCUCGGCAGACACAUAAGAUUGCCAGUAAGAACGGGCACGAGGUCCAGUUCGCAGACGCCAUGUGGUCCGAGAUGAUGGGCAAGGGCUUCAUCUGCGGAGACGAGCGCUGGCUCGUGGGCGAGGACACAAAGGGCGAUGUAACGAUUCUCGUCUUUUGA